UUCUUCGUCUACGUGAACCACAUAUUCUACCUUCCUCUGCAGUUCAACAAAAGUUGCGAUCUUUCUACUUAGUUGUUUUACUUCCGCUACGAACUCUGUUGUAAUUCUUCAUGUACGGUUAAUCCAAUCCUUCACAGAAGAAACCAAAAAAAAAAAAAGUAAAAAUGGAAGGUGACAGCAACGAAAAUCUCUUACAACCCGAGAAUCACGCGACGAAGGAGGAGAAUUUCAAGUCGAAGCUAUGGAUCGAGACCAAAAAAAUGUGGGUGGUCGCCGCCCCGGGAAUUUUCACCCGAUUUUCAACGUUCGGAAUAAAUGUGAUCAGCCAAGCAUUCGUAGGCCAAAUCGCCGCCACCGAUCUCGCCGCCUACGCUCUCGUUUUCACUCUCCUCACUCGAUUCGCUAAUGGAUUACUGUUAGGGUUAGCCAGUGGUACAGAAACCCUGUACGGACAAGCCUACGGCGCAAAGCAAUACCGCAUGCUCGGAAUAUACCUUCAGAGAUCAUGGCUAAUUCUAAUUGUGAUCACAACUUUACUGCUCCCAAUUUACAUUUUUGCCACCCCUAUUCUGAAAGCAUUAGGGCAGGAUGCAACCAUUGCAGAGGAAGCGGGUCGGAUCGCGAUAUGGUUCAUCCCGGUUAUAUACUCGUUUAUCGUGUCGUUCAGCUGCCAAAUGUUCUUGCAAUCGCAGAGCAAGAACUUGAUCAUCUCUUAUUUAGCUGCACUUUCGUUGUCGAUCCAUGUUUUCUUGUGUUGGCUUCUGACAGUUAAGUACGAUUACGGUGUGAACGGUGUGAUGAUUUCCACCAUUUUGGCGUACUGGAUCCCGAAUAUCGGUCAGCUUGUGUUUGUCAUGUGUGGAGGAUGUAAGGACACGUGGACGGGUUUUACGACCUUGGCGCUUACGGAUCUUUGGCCGGUCAUCAAGCUUUCGUUGUCGUCCGGUGCGAUGCUUUGUCUUGAACUUUGGUACAACGCUAUUCUAGUUCUUUUGACUGGAAAUUUAAAGAACGCAGAGGUUGAAAUCGACGCUCUUUCGAUCUGUCUAAACAUUAAUGGUUGGGAAAUGAUGAUAUCUAUCGGGUUCUUGGCUGCAGCGAGUGUUCGUGUCUCGAAUGAGCUUGGAAAGGGAGACUCGAAAGCUGCAAAGUUCUCGAUUUUGAAUAUUGUCCUAACUUCGUUCGGCAUAGGAUUCGUUUUAUUUGUAUUUUUCCUCUUUUUCCGCGAACGUCUAGCUUAUAUAUUCACAAAAGAUCCUAACGUGGCUGCUGAGGUGGCGCACUUGUCCCCUCUUCUGGCAUUUUCGAUGCUAAUGAAUAGUGUUCAACCAGUUCUUUCUGGUGAAACAACUUCUCGGUACCGCCGAUUGAAAGGGGAAGACGUCUGCACUGCCGUGAAACGACGAUUUUCGUGCACUCCGAGCAAGCUGUCGUAG